UUGAGAGCGAGGAAGAGGGAAGAAUGUCGUACCUGCUGCCGCACCUGCAUUCAGGAUGGGCGGUGGAUCAGGCCAUUCUCACAGAAGAAGAGCGCGUCGUCAUCAUCCGCUUCGGCCACGACUGGGACGACACUUGCAUACAGGGCUAGCAGCUUUGAGCAAUCAAUUUUGCUACUGAAUCAAUUUUGCUAUUGAAUCAUAUGGUCCGGGGUUGGCCCCAAAGUACACAAUGGGCCGGGCCUCGUUUUCUUGUUGGUUUAUAUCCGGCCCGCUCGGGAUUGCAAUUUCCGGAAGAUCAACUUACUGGAGAGGAGAGGAGGACUGAGUAGGCCAAAGCUGCGGGGAUGUCGUACUUGCUGCCGCACUUACACUCAGGGUGGGCCGUCGACCAGGCCAUCCUCGCCGAGGAAGAGCGUCUCGUGGUCAUCCGAUUCGGCCACGAUUGGGAUGAGACCUGCAUGCAGAUGGAUGAAGUGUUGUCCUCUGUCGCUGAUACGUUGAAGAACUUUGCGGUGAUAUACCUGGUGGACAUCUCUGAGGUGCCUGAUUUCAACACAAUGUACGAGCUGUACGAUCCGUCGACAGUUAUGUUCUUCUUCAGGAACAAGCACAUCAUGAUCGACCUUGGCACUGGAAACAACAACAAGAUCAACUGGGCUCUCAAGGACAAGCAGGAGUUUGUCGACAUUGUGGAGACGGUGUAUCGUGGAGCGAGGAAGGGACGUGGUCUCGUCAUUGCUCCUAAGGACUACUCCACCAAGUACCGGUACUAGAAGAGUUCUUCAGAAGGAACUGUGGAAUGUUAUCUGGACCAGGUGAUACUGGAUGAUUCCUCAAAUGCUGUUACACAGCACUGCCAAAUAUUGCUACUGAUGUAUUGUCGCAUGUAAGAAUUUGAACCAAGAUGGAAUGGUGUAAUGAUGUCAUUUCAUUCUUAUGUUGCCUACCUUUUCAUCCUCCUAGCUGGAAUGGUGGAACCAUAUAUCAUUAAGAACAAGAUGAACUGUAUCAGUACCACGACUCGUCGUGGUAAUAUAUGUCUACUUAUGAAGUCUUGUUCUUAGUCACCUGAUUUGAUCAGACCUCUGAUAACUUCCCAAUUCACAAGU